CACUAUGCAUGUAUAGUUACGGAAAGCAUGGGAUUUACUCUUCUCCUCCAAUGGUCCUGCACUCCCCCCGCUGGCCGGGCGGUUUCUUUGGCGGAUGUCGUAUGCGCUCGUGUGCUUGAGAGCUACGGACAUAAUCCUCCUUCUCGGCUAGGUCUUCAAGUUCGCACAUAUCGCGCUCAAUUCCCUCUUUCGCCAACCACCGACGAUAACAAUCAAGAUAAUAAUAAUCAAGUUUCGCGCUACCUCACCAUAAUAUCUAACCUAAUGCCUCCAGCACAACCAGGGGAGGCCAAAACAAAUGCUCCCAUCAUCAAAGACGAUACAGCAUACCUGUUCCUCGAUGAUCGCUCUUCAACAGCUACUGGCGGUGAAUCAGAGCAUGUUAACAGGGCUACUGAAACAUCUACUGCUGCCCACUCAUCCGAUCCCAUCCCUCUGCAAAUGGAUGAAGAAGGGAAGCGGUUCCGGUGUGUAGCAGUUAGACCAUCAACAGCGGUUAUCCCAAUGUUGCAAUCAUUACUUAGUCCUUUCGUGAUGGGUUUAACUAAAGCAGCUCGUACCACUGCAUCACAAACAUCCUCCACUCCUGUUCCUACUUCUCUCCCUGGGUCAACCCUUCUGAUGACCGUCCUCACUUUCAAUGCACUUCUCUCUCCGCAACCCCCUGUAAUACUUCGGUUGUAUAUCCUUCCCAAUCAAAGUGCUAGUAGUAUUUUCCUUGAAGGAGAAUAUGCAGGCUCUGUAGAUGGCAAAAGCGAGGAAGAAAUAGAGGGAGAAGUUAAAAAGUAUUUAGAAAGCUGUCUAAUCACCGACUUGCUUGGAGAACGACGAUGGAUAGAUUGCUCAAGAGGACAAGAGAAUUGGAGAGCAUGGGACGAUGCUGAGAGGAACAAGUGUGCAAUGCUUACUCUGGCAAAGACCUUACGUCAAGGCAAUUUUAUUUGACCAUUAGAAUAUUCAUCAGUAGUGAGAGCCAUGCAUAAUUUCUACCAU